AUGGCGGUUAAAAAGGUACCAAAGUCACAAGCAAAGGCAAAGUCAACACCAAAGGCAGCACCCAAAGCAGCUGGCAGCAACAAGCCAAAGCAUACAGAUGAGCAGUCAGAGCAGGAGCAGAAGAAGGAACCCCCAAAAAAGAAAGGAAAGGAAACUUUGAAGGACCAAGCAAUGAAAUGGGUUGACAAUUUAGACAAGCCAGAAGAUGAAGAGAAGGACAAUACCACAGAGGCAAAGGCUGAAGAGAGAGACAGGCAGAAGGCACAAAAGUUUAGAAAGCUUGAGAAAGCAGGUGCUUUGCCUGCAGAAGUGAAGGAGGCCUUUGAUGCAGCUGAAAAAAGCCAAAACCCAAGAGCCAACAAAACUCAGCUCAUCAACAGCCUUUUCAGAAAAGAGGGCAACAACUUUGUGAUGGUUCCCAAAGACACUGCCUUCAAAAGGGUUCAAAAGCUGUUGGAUGUGAAGUAUGGAAAGGAAGAGGCACAAAGUUUCCCCUGGUCCAUCAUGCUCUAUGACAAGUUUGGUGGCAACGAAAGUGCACUAGAGAAAGCUUUACAGUGUGGGGAUGUUGUUGUGACCAGCUACCAGGGAAAGGACUAUUGUAGCUACAGCACUUUGAAGUCAGGCAGGAUGAAAAGUUUGGGUGAUGAAAGUGAAUUGAAUGAUGGCCAGCACAGCUUGGAUGAAAGCUCUCACCAAGUCAUUUCUGACUGGUUCAAGAGCUUGAAUGUUGGCUCACUGCAGCAGCAAGUGGAGGACUCAGCAGAAGCAGCAGGAGACACAGUUCUAGUUUUAACAAAGCCAAAGACUCAAGAAGUUGACUGGAACCAUGUUGAGAAGGUGUUGCAGUCAGCAAAGGUUGCUCAGGAAAAGUUGAUCAGGGAUGGCAUGAAGUUGAAGGAACAGGUGUUGGCAGCAAAGGAUCAGGACUUACUUGACACCUUCAAGGGCAGCCUCAAGGAUUUGCAGGACAAUGACAAGGAUUUGGACCACUGUUUGCUGUGGAAGGAAUUACCUGGAGGCAAGAAAUGGGAUGUCGCGAGUGGAAAGGAUUGGAUGACAAACCUGGCCAAGCAAACCCAAAAGGCCAAUGAGAAGAUUGAAGGAGUGAAAACAACUCUCAAGGUUCCGUAUGUGGUCGCGCACCGCCACGCUGCCGGGAAUUUCGCCACGGGCAUCCUGUUGGUGAAGCUCAGCGCUGCGGCGAAGAUCGGCAAGGUGGUGGCCCACAGCGGCUGCCCAGUGGUGAAGGGAGCUCCGGCACCUGGCUGGAUCGGAGAUUGGCUUGGCUUCCAUUCGUUGAUGGCCUACUUUUGGCUGUGGAAUCUGCCACAUCGGAUGCUGCUGCCAUUGACCUACAGUCAGAUUAUGGGCAAGGAGGAGGAAUACACCAUGUUGCACUCAGUCUUGGUCUUUGAUGCGCUCUGCGCGCAUGUCCGCUUCGACGGGCUCAGUAGUUUGGUUUUGGUGCGCGAGCUGGGCAGCGUUUGUGGCUUCGAGGAGGGCGAAUGCACGCUAUGCUGGGUGGGUGCGUUCCCUUCCUUUCCCACCCAGCUCUGCAACAGCACAGCCACAUGGAAGGUCGUGGACAGCGUGAAAGGCGUCGUGCGAGAAGGAAGCUACACAGUGCAGGACGUAGAAGACCCUGCGUACAAGAAGCCGUCAGACUGUAAAAACAUCAGCCUCUUCCAGAAGCUGUCACUCACCAAAGCGUUGGUGUGA